AUGGCUGAAAAAUCCGUAGAAAAACCUAACGAUAUCUUAAAAGAUUUUCACGAAAUCCUCCAGCGUUGCUGCCAACUCGAAGACACGCUUCUAAAAAACGUAGGGCUUUUAAAUUGUAUCAAAAACAACGAAGCGAGCUCGCCAAAAGACCUCGAGAAAAGCCAAGCGAAGUUGCAAGUUUUGACACAGAAAACUGACGCGCUAGAAUCGGAGAUGAAUAAAUUGACGGCGAAGGAUUUUCAAAGUAAAGAGAUAGAUUUACAGAAAUUGGAAAAGCGGUGUGAAAAAACUGUAGAAAUUUAUGAAAAGAGUAAAGAAACAUUCCAGCAGUUACUGCAGGAAAUUGAGCAAGAGAAAUGCGACAAAUAG